CGGAACCGAGCCGCUCACAUCUGAUACAGAAACCGAGGGAAGGUCCAACAUCCGGAUCCGAAAUGCAGCGCUCAGCGGUUAUUUUUGUCCUGGCGUUCUCCACGGCCGCCUGGGCUCUGGAUAACGGGCUGAUGAGGACCCCGCCGAUGGGAUGGUUAGCCUGGGAACGUUUCCGCUGCGACACCGACUGUCUGAACGACCCCGACAACUGCAUCAGUGAGAAGCUGUUCAUGGAUAUGGCUGACAGACUGUCGGAGGACGGCUGGAGAGAGCUGGGAUACGUCUACAUCAACAUCGACGACUGCUGGUCCUCAAUGCAGAGAGACAGUCAGGGCCGACUGCAGGCCGACCCCAAGAGGUUUCCGCAUGGCAUCGCUCAUCUGGCGCAGUACAUUCACGACCGCGGCCUGAAGCUGGGCAUCUACGGAGACAUGGGCACUCACACCUGCGGCGGAUAUCCAGGAACCACGCUGGACAAGAUCGACACGGACGCGCAGACCUUCGCCGACUGGGGCAUCGACAUGCUGAAGCUGGACGGCUGCUACUCAAACUCAUCCUACCAGGAACAGGGCUACCCAAUGAUGUCAAAGGCCCUGAACGCUACGGGCCGUCCCAUUGGCUACUCCUGCAGUUGGCCCGCCUAUCAGGGUGGCCUCCCGCCGAAAGUGAACUACACGCUGCUGGGUCAGAUCUGUAACCUGUGGAGGAACUACGAUGAUAUCCAGGACUCAUGGGACAGUGUGCUGAGCAUCGUCGACUGGUUCUUUGAUAAUCAGGACGUUCUGCAGCCCGUGGCCGGACCUGGCCAGUGGAACGACCCCGACAUGCUGAUCAUUGGAGACUUCGGCCUCAGCAUGGACCAAUCACGUGCUCAGAUGGCUCUGUGGGCGAUCAUGGCCGCGCCCCUCUUCAUGUCUAACGAUCUGCGUACGAUCAGCAGCGGCGCUCGCGCGAUCCUGCAGAAUAAGAUCGCCAUCGGCAUCAGUCAGGACCGCUUGGGCAUCCAGGGCAGACGCCUGAUCAAGGAGAAGAGCCAGAUCGAGGUGUUCUGGCGGCCCCUGGCUAAAGGAUCCAGCGCUCUGGUGUUCUUCAGCAGGAGAUCUGAUAUGCCUUAUCGCUACACAACGUCUCUGAAGGAGCUAAGCUACAAGACUGGGGUGUAUGAGGUGUAUGACGUGUUUUCGGAGCAGCUCUUGCCUCAGAUGAAGGACAGCACAGAGUUUGUGGUGUCCAUCAAUCCGUCCGGUGCGGUCAUGUGGUACGUCAAUCCUGUAGCCGAGUGGCGGAAGGAGGCGGAGCCUGCGCGGUUCAGCGAGAAGCUGAUUGGGCCAAAGUUCCACCAGCAUGCUAAUGAGGUCGACGCCCCUCUGGUGCUUUAAGCUCCGCCCAUCAAGAACGAACGACGCACUCAGGGACAUUCAGCCAAUUGGCAAUCACUUAAUCUCCUUUUUAAACGUUUUCUUGUGUGAUUUUUUUUAAUAGGUCUGUUUCUACUGAAUGAUAUUUCAACUAUCGAAUGAAUUGCUAUUUUUUGGAUGGAACUGAAUGUUUUUGCACUGACCGACUUUCCUAAGACGCCUGUUAGUGACAUCUAAUUUGUGCACAUUCAAGUUUGAAGUCAUUUUAUCAUGUAUGAAUCAAGAUGUUCAAAUUAUGAUGCUUUUGUUGAGUGUGUAAGAGCAAAAAACAACUUUGUCAGUCGCUCGCCUUUGGGCGUUAUCGAUUCUGGUUCUGAACUAGGUUAGAAACGCAUUAAAAAUCACAAUACAUUUUCAUAGUAAUAAUAAGAUCAUUUACACGGUUCCAAAUUACACUUAAAAAAUGAGUUUGUCAACAGUUUCUGAACGUUCCUGAUGACAUCUAUUCUCGUAAAUUAGUUUACUUGUGUUAUUUUGACAAUACACCUGAAAGAUUUCAUAACUUUGACUGUCACUUUUAAUGCGCUAAAAUCAAAUAAAUUGUU